AUGGGCCCAGGGCACGCGAUUUGUGUUCGUUCUCACCUUAAAACCAUGCUAGCUGUGUUGCGCUCAAUUGUGCGACCGAAGAGUCUCGCCCCCGUGCGGCACUUUUCCUAUGCACCUGUGCGCUUUCAGACUGUCUCUUCAUCGAAGGUGAUGAGUGCACAGGAGGCCAUCCAGGACAUGAGGCCCGGCGCUACAGUCUUGGUCGGUGGCUUUGGUUUGUGUGGUACUCCUGAGACGCUUAUCAAGGCAGCGUCGGAGCGGCCAGACCUCAAGGACCUUACCGUCAUUUCUAAUAACAUGGGUAUCCCGGGAAAGGGCCUCGGUGUGCUUGCCGAGAAGAAGCAAAUCUCUAUGGCCAUCAGUUCCUUUGUGGGAGGGAACCGUGCGUUUACGUCGCAAUUCCUUGCAGGCGAGGUUUCGAUGCAGCUCACUCCCCAGGGAUCUCUUGCUGAGAAGCUGCGGGCGGGCGCUGCUGGCAUCCCUGCCUUUUACACCCCCACUGGUGCCGGUACGGCCGUGGAGAAGGGCGAGCUUGUGCAGCAGUACGAGUCUCAGCCUGGCAGCGAUGGCAAACUCGUCACCAAGUCCACAACGCCGUCGCGUGAGACACGCGACUUCCAUGGCCGCACAUACAUAAUGGAGCAUGCUCUUUACGGCGAUAUCGCGUGGGUGCAUGCCUACAAGGCAGACGAGGCUGGCAACCUCGUGUUCCAUGGCACAGCCCGCAACUUUAACGAUGUAAUGGCGCGCAACGCUCGCUUGACCAUCGUCGAGGCGGAGGAGAUUGCGCCUGUAGGCUCAAUCGACCCGAAUGAGGUGCACGUCUCUGGUAUUUAUGUCGAUCGUAUUGUCAAGGCCGAGAUACCUAUGGUCGUGGAGAUCAAGCGCUUGAGCAAGAACGAGACCCAGGCCAGUGGCGACACUUCCAAGCGCGACAUUAUUGCGUCGCGAGCGGCCAAGGAGUUGCGUGAUGGCAUGUAUGUGAACCUGGGUAUUGGUUUGCCGGGUCUCGUGCCCAGUUUCCUGCCGUCGGGUGUCAACGUCGUGCUGCACAGCGAGAAUGGGCUUCUUGGUAUUGGCCCCUAUCCUGCCACGGACGCUGAUGUGGACCCUGACCUGACGAACGCUGGCAAGGAGUCUGUCACAGCCCUGCCAGGCGCUUCGAUGUUUGACUCUGUGGAGAGCUUCGGUAUCAUCCGCGGCGGUCACCUCGAUGUUACUAUGCUGGGCGCACUGCAAGUGACGGCAGACGGCGAUCUGGCCAACUUCAUGAUUCCCGGCAAGCUAGUACAGGGCAUGGGCGGUGCCAUGGACCUUCUCUCCAACCCCCAAAACACGCGCGUGAUUGUAUUGACCGAGCAUGUGGACAAAUACGGCCGCGCCAAAAUUGUGCAGCAGACCAAUCUGCCUCUGACGGGUGUGCGUUGUGUCAGCCAAAUUAUCACCGAUCUGGCCGUCUUCAACGUCGACCUGCAGAACGGUGGCCUGACUCUCAUUGAGCUUGCACCAGGCGUGUCGGAGGAGGAAGUUCGGGCCAAGACUGAGGCGCCCUACCAGGUGGCUUUCUAUUCGAAGGUCAUGACCCCUGCCGAGGCCGUGCGGGAUAUCCCCACCGGUGCAGCUGUCAUGGUAGGAGGUUUCGGUCUUUGCGGUUCGCCUGACACGCUACUUGAAGCCGUUAUUGCCAACAAGGAUACAGAACAUAUCUUUGUGAUUGCAGACAACAUGGGUGCGCCUGGCCACGGUCUGGGUAAGCUUGCGGAGGCGAACAAGGUUUCUCGCUCCAUCAGUUCCUUCCUUGGCGAAAACCGCAAUUACACGAACAAGUACCUCAAGGGCCAAGUACAGAUUGAACUUGUUCCCCAGGGCUCGCUGGCUGAACGCAUCCGCGCGGGUGCAGCUGGCAUUCCUGCGUUCUACACCCCCACAGGACAAGGUACCGCUGUCGAGACCGGUGAUCUUGUGCUGCGUUUCAAGCAGCCGAGCUCUCCCGAUGCUUUACCGGAGCCCGAGAUUAAGGCUAAGCCGAAGGAGACUCGCGAAUUCCGCGGGCGCAAGUAUAUUCUUGAAGAAGCUCUGCAUGCAGAAUACGCCCUUGUCCAUGCGCACAAGGCCGACACAUCGGGCAACCUUGUUUUCCGUGGUACAGCUCGGAAUUUCAACGACAUGAUGGCACGCAACGCGCGAACAACGAUUGUCGAAGCCGAGGAGAUCGUGCCGGUGGGCUCUAUUGACCCUAAUGAGGUACAGCUUCCUGGCAUCUAUGUGGACCGUAUCGUGAAAGCCGAACUUCCCAUGCAGCUUCAAAAGGUGCGCAUUCACAACCCUGGUGGUCAGAAGGAAGAAAUGAAUGCACGCACUCGCAUCGCUGCACGCGCAGCCAAGGAAUUGCGUGAUGGCAUGUUUGUCAACCUAGGCGUUGGCAUUCCUGGCAUGGUCCCGAACUAUCUUCCCGAAGGUGUUAAUGUGGUGCUUCAUACGGAGAAUGGCCUUCUUGGUACGGGCCCGUACCCUCCCUCUGAAGCCGAGGUCGAUCCCAACAUGAUCAACGCCAGUAAGGAGACCGUCACCACGUUGCCUGGCUCGUCGCUCUUUGACUCUUCUGAGAGUUUCGGUAUCAUUCGCGGCGGUCAUUUGGACGUGACCAUCCUCGGUGCCCUGCAGGUUAGCGCGAACGGUGACCUUGCGAACUACAUGGUGCCUGGCAAGCUGGUCCAGGGCAUGGGUGGUGCGAUGGAUCUGGUCUCAAACCCGCAGGACACGCGUGUCAUUGUCCUUACGUCGCAUGUUGACAAGUACGGCCGCCCGAAGAUUGUUAAGAAGACAGACCUUCCUCUCACGGGUGCGCGCUGUGUAAGCCAAAUUAUUACCGAUCUCGCUGUGUUUGAGGUGGAUCUGAAGAACGGCGGCCUGACUCUUACAGAUCUCGCCCCCGGCGUGACGGAGGAGGAAGUGCGCCAGAAGACCGAUGCCGACUUCAAGGUCUCUCUGUAG